AUGAAGACCAAUCCCCACCACACCAAAUCUUUCUCCCUCGUCGUCCUCAUCGCAUCGCUCAUCUUUAGCGACGGUAUUUACAUAGUCGUCGCGAAAGGCUACAACAUAGACAAGAUCGGCUCCGGCUGCGGCAAGCAGCGCGACCCCAGCAACGAGAUGAGGUUGCAGGCGCUGCACUCCAUCGACUCCGCCAUCCUCGCCGUCGUCUCCGGGUCCCCCAACGCCUGCGGGAAGGCGCCGGACUCGACGAUCUACGCCGCCGCGAACUGCGCCCGCGCGCUCUCCGACGAGGAGUGCAAGCUCUGCCUCUACAACGCCCAGUUCCGGGUCGUCGACGUUGACUGCAAGCACUUGUUCGGCGGCUGGCUCGUGCUCAAAGAUUGCUACGUCAGGUACGACACCGAUACUGCAUUCUGCCGUCAGUGA